AUGUUCACUGUUUAUCAUUGUGAUCACUGUGAAUCACAGUGUUCAGCUGAUUGUGAACAAACACCAAAAUAUGGUAGUACUGUAUUAUGGUGCGUGAAAAGUGUCGCUACAAAUUCAUCAAAAGAGGAAUCAAUGAGGGAUCAAGAUGGUAUUAUAUUUGAUAACAGUGUUUCUUUUGAAUGGAUUGAGCCAUCUCCUACCCUAGCAAGCCUUCCAUACUUAUCUUCCCAAGUUAAUCAUCAGUUGUGUUUAUGUAGCUUAAAUACUGGGGUUACUCAAUGCAAUUCAAGCAGUGAGGAAGGUGUUUAUAGAUGUAUUAUAAAAGGGAGUGAUGUGACUGAGACUUUACAGUUCACAUACUCAGUGUAUAAGCUUAUCACAGUCCCAACCAGUACUAGUACAACCUCUGCUCCUGGAAACAAUAUAAUAACAUCAUCAUCAUCUUAUCAAACAAUGAAAGUAUCAACAACAACUUUAUUAUCAACAGAAACAACAACAACAACAACAACGGUAAACAAUUUUUCAUCAGUUACUUCAGUUUCAUCAUCUUCAUUGAGUUCAACAACAUGUCCCUCAUCAGUUAAGGAUCAGAACUCAACUCUACUACACUAUGGUGGGAUUGGUCUAUUAGCUACUACUAACCUGUUGACAUUCAUUGUAUUGGUAACUAGCUGUGUGUACAUAAUACACUCAAAAAAACAAACAAAGUAUGCAUUAGGAAGAUCAAGAGCUAAUGUUACUGUACAGAGUAAUCCCAUAGGAUCAUUGAGUGUCAUCAACAUUGAAACUGAAAUACUAAAUAAAGAUUAUGAUUCAUGCUUGCACAAACAACAACAACAACAAACACAACAACAACAACAACAACAACAACAACAACAAGAGUCCUCCCAUCCUUCAAUAGAUAUUUACUCGUAUACUGUAGAUGAUGAAGAAGAUCAUUCAACUGCUGAUAAUGAUGAAUAUGCUGUACCAGAUGAUCUGUUUGAGGUUAAGAGGAAAGGAUCUAACCCACCACCUUCAGUACCCCCUCCUUAUGCUUGGAAAGGGAUUGCUAUGGUGGAAGAGUCAGUGAAUGGAGUUGGUAACAGCAGUAGUGUUGAUAAUUUUGAUUGUUUGUAUGCAACCAUUGGUAGCAAGGAGGAGGAGAAAGAACAAGCAAGUUAA